AAUGUGGCGAAAUGUUUUAAAACAGUUGGCGACACUGAUUCAGAGUAGUGAACACGAAGAUGGCGGGUCCAACAAAAUUUCGUCCAAAACAAACUACGAGCGACGUGUGGUCUAUACGGGAAAGGCUCUGCCUGGCCUCGUCGGUUUUAAGAAGCGGAGAUCAAAACUGGGUUUCCGUGAGCAGAGCUAUCCGGCCUUUCGGCGAAAAAAAUCGGCCCAAUGAUUGGUUCGCACAGAAGAACUGUGCCCUGCAGUAUUCCGAGCUCCUGGAAAAAGUCGAGUCACCUAAGCGCAAGCGAGGGGGCGACAUGGACAUCCCGGGGGCCCUGAUUGUGCGCAAGCUGACGCUGGAGCGCAUUGAGGAGCUCAAGGCGCUCAUUGAGGAGGAGCAGCAGUGCCACAAGCGCUUCAAGCGGGAUGUGGAGCUCCUCCGGGCAGGCCAGCUGGAUGACCGGUUGGACCAGCUCUGGAACCAGAUCAAGGAGGAGGCUCAGGAGGAGACCCGAACGGCGCCCUGGACGGAGCCAGAUGCGCCACUCUCUGUCGAGGUGGACGAGGCCCCGCUUCGAGGCCGCUCCACCCCGGCUGUGUCGACGUCGCUGCUCACGUCGCUCCUGAAGUCGCCCUCGACGGCGCCGCAGCAGAGCAGCCCGUGCUUCUUCAACCCGUCGGCUGCCCGUCAGCUGGCCUCCCUGUCGCCUCCGGCAGCCAGCCGCACUGAGGGGGGACGCUCACCGGCCACCACCUCAGCACCCACCCUGUCGAAGCUGCUGGAGCUACCCCCAAGCACCCCAGGUGGCUGCCUGCCGUCACUGGCCUUCCUGAGUGGGCCUCACCGAGCCAGCAAGGAAGCAGCCAACUUACUGGCUGCUCCUGUGGCGACCACACUUGGGCUCGAGCCACCGGUCAGCACGGGACCGGAGGAGCCGCCACCCUUCUACGAGCCCCCGGCGGAGCCCCCUGCCGAACCCCCAGCCCAGUUCCCAGCCGAGCUUCCAGCCAUGCUCCCAAGCGAGUCGCCGGUUGACACCCCGACCGAGCCUCCAGCCGGGCCCCUCCCGGUUCAAAGCCCGGUUGAGACCCCGUCCGAGCCUGCAGCCAAGCCUCGAGUCGAGCCGCCGGUUGAGCUCCCGGCUGACCUUGCGGCCGAGCCCCCGGCCGAGCCUCCAGCCAAACCCCAAGUCGAGUCGCCGGCCAAGCGUUUGGCUGAACCUCCAGCGGAACCCCCGAUCGAGCUCCCAGCUGAGCCCCCGGCCGAACUCUCAGCUGCAACGCCACCCUUUCCCACACUCGAACAAUUGGUCAAGCCCCCGGUCGAACCUCCAUCCAAGUCUCUAGCCGAGUCUCCGGCCGAGUCUCCGGCCGAUUCGCUGGCCGAAUCUUUAGUGGAGUCCGUUGUCGAGUCUGUGGCCGAGUCCCCCGCAGAGUCCCCUCCCGCAUCCCCAGUUGCAUCCUCCGCCGCGUCUCCAGUCCCGUCCCCGGCAGUGUCUCCGGCCGCGUCUCCGGCUGCGUCUCCGGCUGCAUCUCCGGCAGCAUCUCCGGCUGAGUCCCCGGCCGAGUCCCCAGCUGAGUCGCCGGCCGGGUCGCCGGCCGGGUCCGCGGCUGAGUCCUCCGCUGAAUCCCCCGCCGAUUCCCCCGCGGAGUCCCCCACUGAAUCCUCCGGCGAGCCUCCAACCGCUUCUUCGACCGUGUCUGUGGGCCUGUCUCUACCCGAAUCCCCGGCAAAGCCCUCGGCCAAGCUGACCGAGCUUCCGGUCAAACUUCCGGUCGAGGUUCCUGUCGAGCUGCCGGCCAAGCUUCUGGCUGACCUUCCAGCCGACCUUCCGGCUGACCCUCCGGUUGAGCUCCCGGUUGAACCUCCGACUUCACUUGUGACCGAACUUCCGGCCGAACAUUUGGCUGCGCUUCCAGAAGAACCACCGACGGAGCCCACGGCCCAGCCCGAGGUGGAGGCCCCUGGCGAGGCGGAGGCCGACCAGUCGGCCGAAAUCGUGGGCCCCGUCGAGGCCCCGAUGUCGCCGCAGGAGAGCAGAUCCCCCGAGGAGCCCAUGGGCUCCAAGGAAGAGGACCAGGUGCCAUCCUCUGCAGAAGCGGAGCGGCUAGCAGAGGAGAUGUGCGAGACGCCCAGCUCGCCCGGGUCGCCCCCGAGCGAGGACGACCUGAAGGAGGCCAAGCUGAGCUGUGACUCGGUGCCCAACAGCCCAGCUUCAAUGCUGCACAGUGACGACCCAGAAAGCGUGCGAGACUACAAGGUGUGGAAGAAGGCCAUCAUGCUGGUGUGGCGGGCGGCAGCCAACCACAAGUAUGCCAACGUCUUCCUGAGCCCCGUGACGGACGAGAUGGCCCCUGGCUACCACAGCAUCGUUUACCGGCCUAUGGACUUGAUGACCAUCAAAAAGAACAUUGAGAGUGGCUACAUCAAGACCACGCUACAGUUCCAGCGGGACAUGAUGCUCAUGUUCCAGAAUGCCAUCAUGUACAACAGUUCUGACCACGACGUCUUCCACAUGGCUAUUGAGAUGCAGAAGGAGGUGAUGGGACACAUUCAGGACUUCCUGGCCACCCAGCUGAUGGUGAAGAGCACCGAGACCAAGAGCCUGCGGGGCCGCGACAAGAGCCUGCCGGAGAAGGAUGAAGAGAAGAAGAAGAAAGUGCCAGCAGAUGAACCACUGGCCAAGAAACGCCGUACUCGUACCAUCGAGUGACGGCACCCUAGUGGUGCCAUGCCUUUUCACCAUGCGCACUGGUCUUCUCAACUACUCGACAGUUUCGAGUGAAUCGGGAACUAGAACCAAGCACUGUUAUAUCUCCAUAAAUUCAGUAUUGUUUGUCUUUUAGAGCACGAGCUCCAUUUUCCAUACUUGUGAAUUUUCUAUACUUGCUUUUCCUAUGCAGCUACGCAUUAGGCCAAGCUUUCCACCUGCGUUUGCUCGUACUGUCGGAUUCAGUCACCCAUUUUGUACCACUUUUUUUACCCCCGAAUAAAAGUUCCUGGAAGAAACGUUGAAGUAA